AACAAAGAGAUACAAAAUAGCUGCAAAAACACACAAAGAAACUCAAGACAACUACUGAAAGUGGCAAACAACCAAAAAGAGGUGCAAAGCAACAACAAAGACACACUAAACAACCACAAAGAUACAAAAAGUUACAGAACAUGAUGUUAUAUCACAGCCGCUGCACCUGGCAGGAGUUUCCCCCUGCUCUUUGUAUGUGAAGUGGAUGGCAUACAAGAAACUGCUCUCUUCAUUGUUCCAUCUAAGGCAGAGCCUCGUGGUUCAGACAUGUGACGACACAGGGUCUUCAGGUGGUUACCAACCGUCAAUGGUGUUUCGUCGAUUGGCCCACAACACCUCAGGCAGACUUGUCAGUGGAACCAGUGUCCUGGAACCGCUCCCUCCAUCCUUCAGGUCCACUCACCACUUAGCGCUGCCCUCCCUACUCUGCCAGCCUGGUUGCCCCACUGGUCACUCCUCUUCAGCCAGAGCCACCUCGAUGCCGUCUCUGCUCACCUGGCGAUGUCUGUGACCAACUUUUUGCAGACAGACACAUUAACUCCAAGAAUUCCUAAUGCUCUCCAGAGUGACUGCCCUAGGAAGCCCCUGUAACCCACUUCGACUGGAAGGUUACAGGCUUUCUACCCCCUCUGUUGGCUGUCGUGGAUGAAGGGCUGGUAUUUCCUCAGCUUACGCUCGUGUGCCUCCUCAAUACUUUCCUACCAGGGUACCGUCAGCUCCAGAAGAUCCACCUGCCUUGUUGAUCUUGACCAAAGCACUAUGUCAGGUCGGCGGUUGGUGUUGGCGAUUUCUUCUGGAAAUUGGAGUUGCUUUCCAAGGUCGCGAGAACCCCUUGUGCCCCCCUGUUUUUGUUGAGGGCGGCGCGGCGCGGGUGAGCUGUCGUCGCGCGGAGGUUUGCUGCUGCUGAAACAAGAUGGCUGUGCGCGCAGGAGGAGCAGCGGCGGAGGAGAGCUGAGGCAAUGCAGAGGAGGCAUAAGAGGGGGGUGGGGGGGGGCGAGGAUUUCACUCCUGUGUGUCUUGUCCUGCCAGAAGAGCAACAGCUCCGCGGAGAAACAGACGAGUCGCCUCUGACAUGAUGCUAAUCGGUUUCCGUUACCAUUUAGGGUAACGCUUUGCCGGUUUAUUUUUUUAAAUAUAUUUUUUUGUAACCAGGAGACCAACGGACUGACCAAACAAAUCACGGAGCACUCAGUAGAGGACAGCCGGGGACGUUCACGCCGCUACCAGAGAUGUCCCUGCUAUGUGUGGGAGUGAAGAAAGCCAAGCUGGAUGGACCCCAAGAGAAGUUCAACACUUAUGUGACUCUAAAGGUACAAAAUGUGAAGAGCACAACCAUUGCUGUCAGGGGCAACUUGCCCAGCUGGGAGCAAGACUUCAUGUUUGAAAUUAACCGCUUGGACCUGGGUCUGACAGUUGAGGUGUGGAACAAAGGCUUAAUCUGGGACACCAUGGUCGGCACUGUGUGGAUACCCCUCCGUAGCAUCCGACAGUCAAAUGAGGAAGGCCCGGGCGAGUGGCUUACACUCGACUCUCAGGUCAUCAUGACUGAUAAUGAGAUCUGCGGCACCAAAGAUCCCACUCUCCACCUGGUACUGCUCGACACGCGCUUUGAACUGCCUCUUGAUAUCCCAGAGGAUGAGGCACGAUACUGGGCCAAAAAACUGGAGCAGCUCAAUGCCAUGAGGGACCAAGAUUAUUCAUACCAGGAGGAGCAGGAACGCCCUCUCCGUGUACCAGGAACCCAGUGCUGUAACUGGAGUCUAUGGGGAGACCAACAAAAUGAAGACCCAGACAGUGCUGUGGACGACAGAGACAGCGACUAUCGCAGUGAAACCAGUAACAGCAUCCCCCCUCCUUACUACAGCACAUCCCAGCCCAACGCCUCUGUCCACCAGUAUCCCAUCAGCCACCAGCACCGCAGCUCCAGAAGCUUCUCCUACCCGCGCUCUGGCAACAGUCAUGACCUUGACUAUCAACAUCAGAGGACUGUCAGUCCCUCGGGGAGCUAUGCAUCGUCUGCAGAGCUGAGUCGGUGCAGCAGUCAGCUGAGCGAGGAGGACUAUGGCGGUGAGUAUGGAGAGAGGGACCCUUACGACGAGAACGAUUCUUACCACUCCUGCCACUCCUCAGUUAGCUACAGCAAAGGCUCUCCAGACUGGGACCCCGAUGACCAGGGGGCGUACAGCGAUGAGGGAGACUACAGCAAAGACGGAGGAGAGGAGGCGGCGCUGUACGAGGAGGACGACGGAGGGCUGUACGAGGAAGAAGAGGAAGGCCUCUAUGAGGAUGAGAAGAUGAUGUAUGAUGAUGAGGAUUUGUACAACUUGGAUGGGACCCUCAGUGAGGAGUUGGAGCCUCCAUUUACCCCCACGCCAACGUCAACAGCCCCCCCAACUCUGGAUGUACCCAGCUCCAGACCUCCUCUAGAGAAACAGCCAUCCUUACACCAACAGCAGCCCCCUACUCAACCCCCCAAUCAAACAACCAACCAGUCUCAACCUCCUGGCGUGGCCCCAUCAGCUCAGCCGCCCGCUGGUCAACCAACAGCCCAGCCACCUAAACAGCCCCAGCCCCAAACACAGCCUCAGCCGCAGCCAGCCCCAUCUGCCACAUCUUUCUUCUCAAUGGCCAAACCUCUAACAGCUGCAGUCACAGGCUUGGCCUCUUCUUUCCUGUCUUCUGUUCCCACCGCUCAGCCUGCCCAGUCUCACCCUCCAGCCACAGCCACAUCUCAACAGCAACCGUCUGCUGCAGCCAGUGCUGUCCCUGCAUCCCACCCAGCCACCAUGGCUAACUCAGCCGCCCAGCCCCCCUCGACUGCCACAGUCCCUCCCUCCCAGCAGACCCCAUCCUCCGGGCAGCCUCAAUCCCAUCUCAACGGUCCUGCCACCACACAGUCAGCUGCUCCUGAGGAAAAGGCUCCCCAGCUGGAGGAAGAGCCAUGGCUAGAAGAGGAAGCGAUGUUGGAAAAGGAGGCCAGGACGCCCCCUGCUCAGCCAGAGGAGACGCUCCCCACAGAGGAGAAAGAGGAGCAUUUUGAAGAGAGUAAGCUGCCGACACCAGUAGAGGAAGAAGUGAUACCACCCGAGAGUGAUGCAGUCAUAGAGGAGCCCAAAGAGCCAGUGGAUCCAGCAGUCAGGGCCAAAGAGAACUGGCUAAGGCUCUACAACAAAGUUUUAGAACAGCUUCGGGAGGCCCGAGGAGAGAACUCCAACUCCCUGUGGUUUGGUAAAGGAGGAAUGGGAGGUGCUCUCUACAGUAUCGACAGCAUGCCGGACCUUCGCAAGAGAAAAGCAAUUCCUCUCGUCAGAGAUCUGGCAAUGUCUCUGGUGCAGAACUCUCGUAAGGCUGGAAUCACCUCCGCCAUGGCGUCCACCACUCUUGGCAAUGAAGAGCUGAAAAGUCAUGUUUAUAAAAAGACCCUGCAGGCUCUGAUUUACCCCAUCUCCUCCACUACUCCACACAACUUCGAGGUGUGGACUGCCACCACCCCCACCUACUGCUACGAAUGUGAGGGGCUGCUUUGGGGUAUCGCCCGACAAGGCAUGCGCUGCUCUGAGUGUGGCGUCAAAUGCCACGAUAAGUGCCAGGAUCUGCUCAAUGCCGACUGUCUGCAGAGAGCCGCAGAGAAGAGCUCCAAGCAUGGAGCGGAGGACCGAACCCAGAACAUCAUCAUGGUUCUGAAGGACCGCAUGAAGAUCAGAGAGAGGAACAAACCAGAGAUCUUUGAGCUAAUCCUGGAAGUGUUCGCCCUCGACAAAACAACACACGCCACGCAGAUGAAACAAAUUAAGCAGAGUGUGCUCGACGGGACGUCCAAAUGGUCAGCGAAGAUCAGCAUCACUGUGGUUUGUGCUCAGGGCCUGCAGGCUAAAGACAAAACAGGCUCCAGUGACCCUUAUGUAACAGUUCAAGUUGGGAAAACCAAGAAGAGAACCAAGACCAUCUAUGGAAACCUCAACCCAGUCUGGGAAGAAAACUUCCACUUUGAAUGCCACAAUUCGUCUGACCGCAUCAAGGUUCGCGUGUGGGACGAGGAUGACGACAUCAAGUCGCGUGUGAAACAGAGGUUCAAACGUGAGAGCGAUGACUUCCUGGGUCAAACCAUCAUUGAAGUCCGGACUCUGAGCGGGGAGAUGGACGUUUGGUACAACCUGGACAAGAGAACUGAUAAGUCUGCUGUGUCAGGAGCCAUCCGGAUGCACAUAAGUGUGGAAAUCAAAGGAGAGGAGACGGUCGCUCCUUACCAUGUGCAGUACACCUGUCUACAUGAGCAUCUGUUCCAGUACACCACGGAGGAGCAAAAUGGCGGCGUAGUGAAGAUCCCUGACGCCAAAGGGGACGAUGCGUGGAAGGUGUAUUUUGAGGAGACAGCUCAGGAGAUAGUGGACGAGUUCGCCAUGAGAUACGGAGUGGAGUCCAUCUACCAGGCCAUGACCCACUUUGCCUGCUUGUCAUCAAAGUACAUGUGCCCAGGAGUGCCAGCUGUGAUGAGCACCCUGCUUGCCAACAUCAACGCUUACUACGCCCACACCACCCAAUCCUCCAACAAUGUUUCUGCUUCAGACAGAUUUGCUGCGUCAAACUUUGGCAAGGAGAGGUUUGUCAAACUGCUGGAUCAGCUGCACAACUCCCUGAGGAUCGACCUGUCCAUGUACCGGAAUAACUUCCCUGCCAGCAGUCCUGAAAGACUACAAGACCUCAAGUCUACAGUUGAUCUCUUGACGAGCAUCACGUUCUUUAGGAUGAAAGUCCAGGAGUUGCAGAGUCCCCCCAGGGCAAGCCAGGUGGUGAAGGACUGCGUGAAAGCAUGUCUCAACUCCACCUAUGAGUACAUCUUCAACAACUGCCACGACCUCUACAACAGGGAAUAUCAGACAGACCCUUCGAAGGCAGUCCCUCCAGAUGAGCAGGGUCCCAGCAUCAAAAACCUGGACUUCUGGUCCAAACUAAUCACCCUCAUCGUCUCCAUUAUAGAGGAGGACAAAAAUUCCUACACUCCCUGCCUUAAUCAGUUUCCCCAGGAACUGAACGUGGGCAAGAUUAGCGCUGAGGUCAUGUGGAAUAUGUUUGCACAGGACAUGAAAUACGCCAUGGAGGAGCAUGAGAAGCACCGCCUGUGUAAAAGCGCAGAUUAUAUGAACUUGCACUUCAAGGUGAAAUGGCUCUACAACGAGUACUGCAAGGAGCUGCCCACUUUCCAGAAGCAUGUACCUGAAUAUCCAGCAUGGUUUGAACCUUUUGUCAUCAUGUGGUUGGACGAAAAUGAAGAAGUGUCCAGAGAUUUUCUGCAUGGAGCCCUGGAGAGGGACAAAAAAGACGGGUUCCAGGUCACAUCAGAGCACGCUUUGUUCUCCUGCUCAGUGGUGGACGUGUUCUCUCAGCUCAAUCAGAGCUUUGAAAUCAUCCGCAAACUGGAGUGUCCCGACCCUCAGAUCGUUGGCAACUACAUGAAAAGAUUUGCCAAGACCAUUGGCAAUGUCCUGCUGUCCUACGCUGACAUCAUUGCAAAGGACUUUCCAAAUCACGUCAAGAAGGAGAAAGUGCCAUGUAUCAUCAUCAAUAACAUCCAGCAGCUCCGAGUUCAGCUUGAGAAGAUGUUUGAGGCCAUGGGAGGCAAAGAUCUCAAUUUGGAGGCAAGUGACUUCCUUAAGGAGCUGCAGAACAAACUCAACAGUGUAAUGGACGACCUCAGCCGCAUCUUUGCUGUCAGUUUCCAGCCCCAGAUCGAGGACAACGUGAGGCAAAUGGGAGACAUCUUAGCUCAGGUAAAAGGUCAGACUGUCCCGGCAAACGGCAGUGUGGUUCAGGAGGCCGACAACGUCCUGCAGCCCAUCAUGGACUUCCUGGACAGCAACCUGUCGCUGUUUGCUAAAAUCUGUGAGAAGACCGUCCUGAAGAGAGUCCUGAAGGAGCUAUGGAAACUGGUGAUGAACACAAUGGAAAAAACAAUUGUGCUUCCAACACUCACUGACCAGACGGGCACUCAGAUGAUCUUCAAUGCUGCUAAGGAGUUGGGCCAGCUUUCCAAGCUCAAGGAGCACAUGGGGCGAGAGGAGGCCAAAGCUCUGAGUCCUAAACAGUGUGCUGUAAUAGAGCUGGCACUUGACACUAUUAAGCAAUACUUCCACGCCGGUGGUGUGGGCCUGAAGAAGACGUUCUUGGAAAAGAGUCCAGAUCUGCAGUCGCUGCGCUACGCAUUGUCUCUGUACACCCAAGCCACAGACAAGCUCAUCAGGAAGUUUGUCCUCUCGCAGGGCGCUCAGGUCCACGGAGGGAAAGGGCUGAGGUGCACAGCAAACGAAGACACACCGCCAGAGAAACCGUCUGGAGUUGAUGGAGUUGGCGAGGUGGUCAUGUGCGUGGACAUCUUACCCCAACCUAAUGGAGAACACAAGAUCAAUGUCAAAGUGGUGGCUGCUAAUGACCUGAAAUGGAAGGCGCAGGGCUUCAGGCCCUUCGUGGAGGUCUACAUCAUCGGUCCUCACCUCAGCGACAAGAAGAGGAAAUUUGCCACCAAGUCCAAGAAUAACACCUGGUCACCCAAGUUCAGUGAAAGCUUCCAGUACUCGCUGGGCACUGAGGUGGGUCCAGAGAGCUACGAGCUGCAGGUGUGUGUGAAGGACUACUGCUUUGCCAGAGAGGACCGCACCGUGGGCAUGUCCGUGGUGCAGGUGAAGGACAUAGCCAGUAAGGGCAGCGUCACCUUGUGGAUGCCGCUGGGCAGACGUAUCCACAUGGACGAGACGGGCCUGACGGUGCUGCGCAUUCUCUCUCAGCGCAACAAUGAUGACGUGGCAAAAGAGUUCGUCAAGCUCAAGUCGGAGCAGCGUUCAGCUGAGGAGGGCCGCAGCUGAGGCGGCCGCGUAGAGACACGUGUGCACAAAACCACCAGAGACAUAGUACUGUGCACACUUAAAGUAGUCACACCUGCAUAGAUAGACAUGUGCAAUACACAAGCACACACAUGACAAUACUCUAUUGUACAUAUAUCUGCAUACAUUAUGCAACAUUUACAUUGCAAUGUUAUCAAUGCAAACAUGGAGGAAUAUGUUUAUAAACAUUCAUAUUUAAUUUUGAAUAUUUCAGCAGCUCACCUCAAAGCUCUCAGUUUAAGGUUAGCCUCACAUUAGCCAGUAUUUUCCAGCCCCUCACUCAGUCUCUCCCAUAACACAUCACACCUUUUAUACGCUGUACAUUUAGAUGUGAUAUAAUGCAACGCAGAACUAAACCAUGUGAAUAGUUUGUGGACGACCACUUUGCACUUUUGCUUCUCUGUGUCUUCAGGAGAGCAGUCCUUGCCUAGCGAUGCUCUGUCUGUCUGUCCGCUUGCCUGCCUGACUCUGUGUCGUUCUUCCAGUCCGUCGGUCUUUCUCCAGCCCCUCCCCCUCCUGCUUCUUUCCCCUCCUCGUCGUUUGCUCUGCAUAGUCUUCCCACGGUGUGAUGUGUUGUGUAGGUUGGAGUUCAGGCACAGAUCUAAGAUCAGAUCCCUUUUUGCCCAAAAAUCCAAGUAGAGAAAAAACACUGACCUUAGAUCAGUGUCCGGGGGCAACGUCACUGCUUGUCUGUCCUGUAAUGUACCAACGUCCUGCAUGUUGACCCCAGGAACACUGUGAUUCACUUUGCUGUAGACAUGGCAACCAUUCCCCCACCUUCAUAAAAGAUGGGUGCCUCCAAUAUUUUACCCGUGUGAGCAUGGUGCAAAUAUAACCCUGGUACAAUAAGGUUUUAUAAUUAUGACUAACAGUCAUCAUCAUGAAGAAGACACACAGACAGUGGGAAUAUGCUGAGCCUGAUAUGUGAUGUGUGGAUAGAAACAAAGGUUGUGGCCGCAAUGUGCUUUAUUUAUUUAUUUAUUUAUUUAUUUGAACUUUUCUUGCUUCACAUCACAACAAACUGAGCAAUACCCCAGUGUCUAACACAUCCACACCCCUAGAGUGCACAUUAACUCCAAAAAGGGCUACAGGAUCAAUGGACUGGGAUGUCAGUUUACGCACUAAUACAUGCUGUCCAUGCUUCUGUUGGCAAAUUGACCACGUUUCCCUACUUGCCCCACUCCCGUCCCCCCGUCUACCUGCUCUGCCACAGACACACCACCACAAUGCAUACACUCUGAUUCAGAAAGUCUCUUAUGAGAGACACUGGGGAGGACACCCAAAAGGACAAGCAAUGCUGAAGGACACUUCCCCCCGGUUGCCUGCGCAUGUAACCUAAACCCAUCUCUUUAAGGCAAUAGUGGUUUGUUUGUAUGUCCACUGAACCUUGUGGUUUUUAUGAAGAACAGACCGCCUGUGAACAUUGCUGUGUCUUUUGUUGUUGUGUGUGCAUGUGUAUGAAGGCGUCCUUGCAUUUGCUACAAAGUGAGGACCUAGAUAAGUAACUAACAAAGUGGGGACAUUUUUGGAAAAUGAGGACAUUUUCACUGGUCCUAACUUUUCAGAGGCCUGUUUUAGGGUUAAGAGUUGUAUUUAUGGUUCAGGUUAAUAUUAGGUUUAGAUUUGGGUAAGGAGCUUUGGAAUGUCAAUGAGGGUCCUCACAAAGAUAGUAGUGCAGGAUUUUGUGUUUGUGUGUGUGGGUGGGUGUGUGUGUGUGUGCGUGUGUGUGUGAGCAAGAGGGAGAGAGUGACUGUCACACUUGGCAAAAUGGGCUCUGAGAUUGUGAGCAAUAUAUUGUAUCUACGUACCCUAAAUGUAUGCGCUGUCAAUAUAAAUACAGGAGCACCAACUGCAAUAUCCAGAUCCAAGGAAUGGGACACUUAUGAUUCUUUUUUUUAAUUUAAUUUCAUUUAUGGACUCAUAAAAUCCCUAUUCCUCUUGGAAGUGUGUACGCUUUUUCUCACGUGUUGGGUAAGAAGGAAAGUGUUUUGUCCUUGAAUUCCUAUUUGCGUUUAGGACCAAAUUUGCACGAACCAUUUUUUGUUGCAUUUAUGUUGUAUUAGUUUAAGUCCUGUCACUUGUUAAUGACCCCUUUACCUUGCACUGUAAAAAAGGUGAGCAAACACUUGCAGUCAUAGUCUGGCUUGUCCUGUAGUCUCUCUGUUAAAUUUAAUGAUGUCAGUGACAGUGAGGUUUUCUUGUCGCUGGGUGGAGCUACACCGUACUGUCACUGCUGACCUGUCACAUGUUGUCUUUACUGAAUACUGCUGAAUUCUACCAAAAACAAAGCCUCUGAAUGUUGUGUAUCCUCAGCAGAGCCUUUUUUAUAUUAUCAAAGGGACAGUUAAUCCAAAACCAGGACUCACUUGGGGACACCGGCUCAUGCCUUUUAAAAAAAGACUAAAAUUGCCAUUUAAUUUAAGCAUCCAAAUUUCACUUUUAGGGAAACUUUUGGGUUUUUUUUUUCAACCUAGACCCUAUUCUACAAUGUUUUUGUGUGUAUGUGAAAUACACAGAAUUAUUUUCUAAUGUGAUCCACUAUUGAGAGAGUGCUGCAGCCGCAGCAGCAAAACGGGCUGCACUGGAAUCACUACGGGCAAUUGUGCACACUCAAUUUACAUCCAUUAAAUGCGUGUUUUUGCAACUGACAGGCUUAGAUUGUUAUUAGAAGUGUCUGACAACAUUACAGAAAAGCCCCUACAGAGAAGUGAAUUAUUUAUCUUUACCUUUAGCCGGUGUGAGGACUUCACUUUAUGAAAUUUUGCAAGAUUGACAUGUUGCAGGAAGAAAACAGUAGAAAUGUUAAUGACAGUCAGACAGAGGAGCGCCAGGAUAAGUUUGUUGUGUUUGAGUACACAAAGCGUAGCUUAGGGUUAUCAACAAGAUCUGGCUGAAUAUUGAGCUGAUUUCUAAAAACGUGAAAAAGUCUGCAAAAUAGCAGAGUGACACCUCACCUUGAGUGAGACUAAUGUAGUUGUAGCCAUGAUGUUGUCAAACAUUUUGAAUCACAAUCUGAACUUGUCAAUAGCAAAAAGCUUUUCUUUUUUUUGUCUUCAAUUUAUGGGACACAGUUGCCUGCAGUGAUGACACUGCCAUCUGUUUGCCACUGCAGCUCUUGCCAUACUGAACCAUUGUCAAAUGUUAUUGUCACUUGGAAACAAAAACAUGGGAAAAAAGGAUCCGGGUUAAAGAAUACAUACGUUUCUCUUUAAAUAAAAUUGACAAUUGUGGGUGAACUAGCCUUUAAAUGAGCAUUCCCAUUUAACACACAGUGCAGUUACAUUGUUUUUAUGUGUUGAAUUCUAGGGCUCUAGACAAAACUUGACAUGUCAGGUUGUAGCUGAAAAAGCAACGAAAGAAUAACCAGUUCGGGGCUUGUUGGUUGCCUGCUUCAUGUAUUUAAACACACAUCU